AUGUCUAAAUUUUGGUUUGGCGCAAGGUGGAACUUUGUCCAGAGACAAUAUGGACAUCGAGUAGAAUUAAAGGAGGUUUAUCUCCAAUGGAGUGAAAAUAACGCUGUGCUUCGAGGCUGGAGCGAGCCAGAAGGAUUGAGAAGGUUGGUGGAUUUGACAAAGGUCCAUCUUCAUGUCAAACAGGGUCUAGAAAGCCACAGUCACACGCAAAAGAAGAUUGAUAGCUUCUGCGAUCGACUUAAUAGUGACACAUCGAGUGCUGAACAUCAGAGAACUUUUUCAUUACCUGCUGAACAGCCAGUACUACUGUCUAUUCAGCCUAGAAUCAUCCAGGUAAAACGUAGUGAUGAAGAUGGUCAAAAUAGACGGCUACUCACCAUGAAUUUCGCACCCUCCGAGAUGAAGCAAGAACACAUCUUACAACCUCAUAGAUGGCUCAAUUAUGUUCUUCAGUCUCAGCUUCGCGGCAAACCAUCUGACGGCAAAAUAUUUGAUUAUGGAGACAAAGGUGCUAACUGCAUACGGUCGCAUUGGAUCUUGGAAAGAGGUCAUGGCACUGUGAUGGCCAAGAUCUAUGCGAUCAGGCUUGAAACACAUUUCGACCAUAAAGAGCAGAAGGUCAGAAUUGGGACAAAAAGCGCCGUAGAGGCAAUUGAUGCGGCAGUAGAUCGUAAAGUGCAAAUGAUUUCAAUGUCAUGGACGAUCAAGCAACCCGAUAGCAAUAGCGAAGAGAAAGAAAAAUUUGACUCAGCAGUGCGCCGUGCUGUCAAAGCAGGGAUUCUUCUGUUCUGUUCUGCAGCCGACAAAGGACUACAUCAAGACAACGAUUAUCCCGCCGCCUCUAAUCCCACCAAAAUGCUCAAAAUUGGCACCGCAAAACCUAACGGCAAUGUUUGGGACUGGGUGCCGAACAUAAGACACUUGGACUUUAUUAUCCCCGGGUAUGAAGUCUCAGAAAAUGCUUCGCUCAAUGAUGACUCCAGCCAGAACUUUCAGCCACAGACCGGGUCCUCCGUAGCAACUGCUCUAAGUGCUGGCCUUUCUGAUCUUGUGAUUUGCUGCGUGCAACUAGCUUCAAUACAUACGCAAAUGUCCCGGCAAAAGGGACAUCCAGAUGCACUGAGCUCUUUGACCCUCGAUGAUCUUCGACAUGUCAAAAAUCAUGAAAAUAUGAAAGUUGCCCUUGAAAAUAUUGGUACUAGCCCAGAUAGUGACUAUAAUUUUAUUGAGGUAUGGAGACUGUUUGAAAAGACAACCAAAGAUAUGGCUGGAAAGGAAAAAGAACCACAAUUAGGAGUGAUAGCCGCAUUGGCUUCUAAUAAGUUCAAGGCUAAUUGA